CUGGCCAUGUCGUAUCCUCAGGGUUACUUGUACCAGCCGUCAGCGUCCUUGGCUCUCUAUUCCUGCCCGGCGUACAGCACCAGCGUGAUCUCCGGACCCAGGACCGAUGAACUUGGGAGAUCUUCUUCGGGCUCCGCUUUUUCCCCUUAUGCCGGAUCUACCGCCUUUACCGCCCCUUCACCGGGUUACAACUCCCACCUCCAGUACGGCACCGACCCGGCCGCCGCCGCCGCCGCCGCCUUCACUUCCUACGUGGGCUCGCCCUACGACCACACGCCGGGCAUGGCCGGUUCCCUGGGGUACCACCCGUACGCGGCGCCGCUCGGCUCCUACCCCUACGGGGACCCCGCGUACCGCAAGAACGCGACGCGGGACGCCACGGCCACCCUCAAGGCCUGGCUCAACGAGCACCGGAAAAAUCCCUACCCCACCAAGGGCGAGAAGAUCAUGCUGGCCAUCAUCACCAAAAUGACCCUCACCCAGGUCUCCACCUGGUUCGCCAACGCGCGGCGGCGGCUCAAGAAGGAGAACAAAAUGACCUGGACCCCACGAAACCGCAGCGAGGACGAGGAGGAAGAGGAGAACAUCGACCUGGAGAAAAACGACGAGGACGAGCCCCAGAAACUGGAGGAGAAGGGGGACCCCGGGACUCCGGACACAGGAGCGGCGGAUCCCAAGGCAGCGCCGGGCAGCGAGCGCCUCCAGGAGUCACCCGGCCCCCGGGAGGCCGAGAGCGGCCUCAGCGACUCGGAUUGCAAAGAGCUGGCGGAGGAGCGGCUCGACGGGCCGCCCGUCCCCCACAAGGCGCCCGGCGCUUCCCCGCUGGGACCGUGUCCGGCGGGCCGCGAGGAGCCCCCGCCGUACCGCCCGCCCUCGGCCGCCGCCGGGCCGCCGCACGCCGCCGACCUGCACCCGCUGCUGCCCGCCGCCACCGGCGCCUCUGUCAUCCACUCGCCGCAGCAGGCGGCCCUCGCCAAGCCCAAGCUCUGGUCGCUGGCCGAGAUCGCCACCUCGGCGGACAAGGCGAAGGAGGCCGGCGGCGAGGCGGCGCCCCCCGGCCCCGCCGUGCUGGGCGGCAGCGGCCCGUCCCGCUCGCCGCCGCGGCCGCGCUCGCCCGCCGCGCAGUGCCCCUUCCCCAACGGGGCGGUCCUGCCCCGGCCGCUCUACUACACGGCGCCCUUCUACCCCGGCUACACGAACUACGGCUCCUUCGGGGCCCUGCACGGGCACCCCGCCGGCGGCCCCGCCGCCGCCGCCCCCGGCGCCCACUUCAAUGGAUUAAAUCAGACUGUCCUCAGCAGAGCCGAGAGCCUGGCUAAAGACACUAAAAUGAUCAGGAGCCAGUCCCAAGUAGACCUUUGCAAAGACUCACCUUACGAACUGAAGAAAGGUAUGUCCAACAUUUAA